AGUUACAUCUCGUCUUCAUUAUUUCAUUUACUAAUAAAUACAUAUAGAUCGCUGUAUCUAUCGUCGGGCUCUUUCAACGCUGACAAACACAUAAAAGUCUCUUACAUUCUUUUUCUUGUUUUACCAGCUUUCUUGCUUCCAAUCGCUUAUACAUUACCCUAACUUUCUGUAUAUAGAUUUGACCCAUUUUUAAUCGGGUUAAUUAAGAGAUGGGUUUUGUGACUACUUUACUGAGUAUUAUUGGGUUUGGAUUUGGUAUCCCACUUGGUCUUUUUCUGGGUUUUUUCAUGUUCGUACGAAAUGUGUCUCGAAAUUUUGAGGAACCAGUUAUUAGGCCAAUUCAGGUGUUUGAUUCAAGCUCCUGGCCUGAUAUAUUACCCGAGAUUCCACUAUGGGUGAAGAAUUCAGACUACGAGCGGGUUGAUUGGUUAAAUAUGGUGAUUAAUGACAUGUGGCCUUACCUCAACAAGGCGUUAUGUAAUAUAAUAAAAAGCACCGCGGAACCUAUAUAUGCUGAAUAUAUAGGCAAGUUUCAAAUUCAGUCCAUAGAUCUUGACACCCUUACGCUUGGAACUAUUCCUCCUGCUAUUCAUGGUUUAAAAGUGUACGACUCUAAUGAGAAGCACCUGGUGCUUGAACCUGCUGUCAGAUUUGCUGGAAAUUCCAAUAUAAUUCUGGUGUUGAAAGUGUUCUACCUAAAUAUUCAUGUACAGUUGAUAGAUUUGCAAGUAUCAGUUGCCCCUCGACUUAUAUUGAAGCCUUUGGUGCCAGCCUUCCCGUGUUUUGCGAGUAUAAUAGUGUCUUUGAUGGAGAAGCCACAAAUAGACUUUGGGCUGAAACUGAUGGGGUGUGAUCUCAUGGCUAUUCCUGGCUUACAUCAUCUUGUACAGGAAACAAUAAAAAGACAAGUGGCUAGCCUCUUCCUUUGGCCCCAGACUUUUGAAAUACCAAUUCUUGACACUUCUUUGGGGGCUGCUAAGAAGCCCGUAGGGUUACUGCAUGUGAAGGUUUUACGUGCAGAGAAGCUUCUGAAAAUGGACUUGCUGAGUGCAUCUGAUCCUUAUGUGAAACUCAGUCUAAGUGGUGAAAGACUUCCUGCUAAAAAGACCUCCAUUAAGAUGAACAAUUUGAACCCAGAGUGGAACGAGGACUUUAAGCUUACUGUAAAGGAUCCUCAGACCCAGGUCCUCCAGAUACAUGUCUAUGACUGGGAAAAGGUUGGGCGACAUGACAAGCUCGGUAUGCAACUCAUCCCAUUGAAGCUACUUGUGCCGCACGAGAGAAAGGAAUUUGCAAUGAAUCUGCUUAAGAACAUAAAUCCUAACGAUACUCAUGAUAGAAAACAGAGGGGGAAAAUUAUGUUAGACCUAACCUUUGUACCUUUUAAAGAAGAUUAUGAUAGAAGCGGCUCUCUUAUUCUACAGCAUUCUAUGAAGAAUAGUUCGAUGAAACGGUCCGAGUCUGAGUCCAGUCAGGCGUACGGAGCAGGUUUACUUUUUAUUACCAUCGUAGGUGCAAAAGAUGUUGAGGGGAAGCACCACACUAAUCCUUCUGCUUUGGUUGUUUUUAGAGGAGAGAUGAAGAAAACAAAGACAAUCAAGAAGACACGCGAUCCAACUUGGGAGGAAGAAUUUCAGUUUAUGUUAGACGAGGCUCCUUUAAAGGAUGUGAUUCACAUUGAAAUUAUAAGUACUAAAAGAUUUGGCUUCAGGCUCAAGGAAUCACUAGGGCUUGUUCGUAUAAAUCUUGUUGAUGUAGUUCACAACGGCAGGAUUAACGAGAAGUUCAAUCUUAUCAACUCAAGAAAUGGGGUGAUACAUCUUGAUAUGAGGUGGACGGCAGCCUGAUAAAUAUUCAGGAUCAUUCACAGGUGCAGUUUUGAUUUGUUGGUCAAUGCUCCCAAGUUUAUUCUUGGACUAUAAUUAUAGGCAUUCCACGAUGAAUGUUUGGAGAAAUGUAAAUACUGUACAGGUAAUAUCUGUGAUCAGUUAAAGGUUUAUACGGUCAGGUACAGAGUAUACCUUGUGAAUUUAACCAAGUGAAAUGCAGUUUGUACACAUACUCAUAUUCGUAAAAACAGAAGUUACACA